CCAAAGUCAGGCCGUCGGUGAGCAUCUGUCGGCCUAGUUUUUGCGGUGUGUCCCACACCGUCAGCUCUUCGGCGUUGGCGUCGGCGGCUUUUUGGCCGAUUGAGCAUGUUUAAUAGGCGGCGGAGCUAGUCGGUGAAAGAGAUCACUCUGAUUGGCUGUUUAGGUUUUAUACCCUCGCCCCUGUAGCGAGUGAAUCUGCCUGUAGUGAAACUGGGGCUAACCGGUGCUUCCUCCUCAGGCUCCACUUCACUAAGCUGCCUGACAGACCCGCUGCCUCUCCCACUUUAACCUGAAUAACAAACCAGAGCUAGCUGGGAGCGGCUGGUGGAACGUUAGCCGCAGCAUGACGGACGGACGCACAGUCAGUUAUUAGCCUCAGCUAGUCUCUGAGCUAGCCCCGGCUCUCUGUUUGGAUCCAACCGUAGCACCGAGCCCUGGUUUGUUAUUCAGGUUAAAGUGGGAAGAAGCAGCGGGUUUAUCGGGCAGCUGAGUGAAGUGGAGCCUGCAGAGGAAACACCAGCUCUGUCUGAAUGUAAUAGUCUGUGGAGGCGCUGCGGUGCUUGGCUGCACAGAUAGGUAACACCUCGGCUGUCAGGAUGUACCACUCUGUUACUCCACUCUCUCUCACGCAGGCGCAGAACGUACACACCACUUGGCCGUCGGAUGUAGUCUGUGUAGUGUGUUCAAAUGCAACUGACACAGGGCGACGUGAGGCAACAGUUGGCUUUCGUCGCCGCUAGUUCUUUGAUGUCGGUUUGGUGUGUCCGCACCUUUAGGAUUGACUGACCCAUGUUCCACUGCUGUUCACAUUCUCCACUUCGGCCUUCAAAGUUUGGUUGUGUUGGCCUCCGGUCAGGGGAGCAACUGGUGCAGUGGGAGUUCAUCCGUUGAGUUGUGGUGAUAUAAUUUAAGGCUUGGUGUCACUGGUUGUAGUUUGGGUGUUUUUCUGUUGGAAAAGGGGUUUAUUUUGUGUGUAGUCUUGGUUACCCACAGAAAGUAUACAUCCAGUACACUGGCCUAUAGAUUGGUGUGCCACACCCUCUGCAGCAAGACGCUCUGAUUUUUAAUUGUUUUUUAUAAUAUUGCUGUUAGGGACCCUGAAUUUAAUAAAAGCCUGUUAUGGCAUUUUGACCCACACUGACUGUUGGCUUUAUUAUUGAAGUUCACCUGUAGUUACAGAAUAGUGAACUUGGAUGUUACAUUUUGAACAGCUAAGCCUUUCAAGGAUGCCCCUACCCAAUCAUGAUACUUUCAUCUCUUACCAGUUACCCAAUUAUACAAUUAAGAAAAUCAGCUUGAACUUUUAAAAUCUGUAUUGUACACUUUUAAUUCAAUCAGUGAUUAGAGUCUGGCAAACCUAUGAGGAAACAAAUCUUAAACAUCAUGAUUAACACAACAGGUAUGAGGCCCAACCUGAACAGCUUACAAUACCAAGGAGGCUGCACCCAAAGAAAAUAAAACUUGCCUGGUUGCUCUUUUGCUUGGGACAUAUUUGAUUUGCCAAGAGAGAUUCAGGAAGAGGAGCUGUAUGAGAGCGGCUGAGUGAGAAGUACUCAACGUCAAAGGAGGCAAAAAUGCUGAAAAAACUCUUUAACAUCCUGGUCUUUAUUACUUUCAUCAGUUUGCUAUAUUUUGUUGUGUUUCUAUUCUUCAGCAAAAAAAACACUGUAAUUUUUUUUGCAAAGCCACAUCGUAUGCCAAAUGGAGACGACACACUUUCUCAGUGGAUUAAUGAACACGUUAAACUGACGACUCAAGCUCCAAAUGCAGGCCAGGAAGAGACACAGGUGCCACCGACUUUGGGAACCUGCCCUGACACCCCUCCAAAUCUUGUAGGUCCACUCCAUGUGGACUUCAGUUCAACUUGGACUUUGGAUGAGGUGAGAAAGGAGGUCAGUGGCCCUCUUCAGGAAGGAGGACGGUACAAACCACCAGACUGUAUCGGCCAACAGAAGGUGGCGAUCAUCAUCCCAUUCAGAAAUCGACAUGAGCACCUUAAGCACUGGUUGUAUUACCUCCAUCCUAUUUUGAUACGACAGCAGUCGGACUACAGAGUGUAUGUCAUCAACCAGGAUGGAGAGGGAGUGUUUAACCGGGCCAAACUGAUGAACGCAGGCUACACUGAAGCACUGAAGGAAUAUGAUUUUGACUGCUUUGUCUUCUCUGACGUAGAUCUGGUUCCUAUGGAUGACCGUAACCUCUACAGAUGUUUUGACAGCCCCAGACACUUGGCUGUGGCUAUGGACAAAUUCAACUUCCACUUACCCUACGCCCACUACUUUGGUGGGGUUAUUUCAUUGUCCAAGGAGCAGUUCUUGAAGAUUAAUGGCUUCCCGAACACUUACUGGGGCUGGGGUGGUGAGGACGACGAUAUGUAUAAGCGAAUUAUCUACAGUGGAAUGUCCAUUUCUCGACCUGACUUGGUGACAGGAAAGUACAGGAUGGUCAAACAUGAGAGAGACUUGCACAAUGAACUCAACCCAAAGAAUCCUGGCAAACUGCUCAUAACCCAUUGGAAAAUGAAAAAAGAUGGGAUUAAUACAUUAAAGUAUACAGUCAAGGAGAUUGUGAAGGAUAUACUGUACACUUAUAUCAGUGUGGAUAUUAAUGCUCCACUAAGAUGAGUGAGGAUCGAACAUGUGAGUUCACUGGUGUCACAGUGUCAGACUGAAACAAAAGGAGGUGGAACCGGUGUGAUUUUAUGUCCUUAAAAUCUCUGGGAAUGCAGUUUGUCAAGUCUGUCUUAUUUAACCAAGGGCAGGUGUGUGUCUUUGUGUUGAGUUAUGCAAAACCUUUGAGUGUGUGUGUGUGUGUGUGUGAGUAUCUAUGUGUCAAUGUGAACUAAAGUAAAUGUAAACUUUAUGAAUAUGAAGUGCAGAGUUUCUUUCGAUCCUUGAAUGGCGAAGAUUACUUUCAAAAUAGAGCAUGAAAUAAUCUAUACAGUAAUCUCUCACUGCUUUGCAUGUAAUUCAUUCUACGCCCUAGCCUACGCACAUGGCCCACGCCAUUGUGAGCAUUUUCACCUAGUCUGGGGCCAUUUAGUGGCCGUUUUGGUAAGGAACCGGAACCAGGGUGAGAGAGACAGGAUCCAGAAUUCGAUGGAUGCGCCUUUCCGUCAAAAUAAAAGCACCAAGCUAAUAAAAAUGCGGUGAAACUUUUUAAUUUAAAGAAUAUAAUUUACAAGAAAAGCCCCAAGCCAUUAAGUUAACCUUUUUCUUUUAUUGUAAAUCAAUGGUGCGCCAGAAUUUAAAGUUUUACUUUGGUGAAUUUGGUGAAUUCCGGAUCCGCUCUCUAGACCGGAACCAGAAUCCAGACAAAAUUCAGAGUGAAUGGAAACCAGGCUCUUCCCCGUACGUGAAGAGCCUGGUGACGCGAGGCUAAUUUUCACCUGUGCAGUGGUGUUUCUGUGUCACUCUGCAGUUACACCUCCAAAACAGUGGUCGGCAGCAGGGUUUCUGUGAAGUGCUGUAAAGUUUAGUUGAUUAAAAACACACCCAAAACACACAUUAAACACACAUUAAACAUGGCUUAAUAGAGACAAUUUCAAACACAAGUACACAAAUCAGCUUUACAAUAACUCGCAGCAUUCACAGACAAACACUUGUCUUUAUCUGGACACAUUUUCCCCACUAAUACAACAUGCUAGCGUUAUUAGCACAAG